AUGUCGACUAUGGGAGAGAUAGACUCGGCGUUAGUGGGAGAAGCGCAUAUACAAGGAUACGUUGGAGUCACGGUCUGUGUGAAAGUGAGUGCUAUAAAAUGCAACAUAAAAAAAAAUACGAGCAAGCGCGAGCCACAUUCAACAUGCCUUCUGGAACACUUGCUCAAUGCCCUUAACUAUCACGGACUAUUCCUCAUCCAAACAAAUUCUGAUACUCGAUACUCAAUCGAUAUUCAAGCGGCCCAUAAACUCUAA